UAUGUGCAGCCACAUGCAAAUCUCUAUAAGCUUCUACGCGCCUGACCUAAAAUCUCCGCCAAACGUAGAAUUAUGAAGAAAGCAGAGCUGGUGUUCAUUCCCACACCAGCUACAGGUCAUCUAGUAUCCACAAUCGAGUUCUCCAAACGAUUGUUGGAUCGAUGCGAUCAAUUCUCUGUGACGAUUCUUGUGAUGAAAUCACCAUUUGGUGCCACAGCGGAUCAGUCAUUUCCUACAGCCUCCCACUCCAACAUAAAACUCAUCCAUCUUCCCAACGUAGACCCCCCAACCAACCACGGCUCCGCAGAAAAAUACGUUAGCGAUCACGUCCAGAGCUACAAGAGCCAUGUUAAGGACGCUAUACUCAACCAGGUGGUACCCAACACGACUCAGAUUGCUGGAGUGGUCAUUGACAUGUUCUGCACCACCAUGAUUGACGUAGCCGAUGAGAUCAAGGUUCCAACUUUUCUCUUCUUCACUUCAGCGGCAAGUUUUCUUGGGUUGUUGCUCUACCUUUCCGAACGGUACGACCGAGUCGGUAGAGUGUAUGAACACUCGGAUCCCGACUCGGUUGUACCGAGCUAUGUCAACACCGUUCCAACGAAUGUAUUGCCAGGAUUUGUGUUGAACGAUGGUGGUUACGCUUCAUUUGCAGACCAUGCUAGGAGGUUCAAAGAAACCAAGGGCGUCAUCCUCAACACUUUGGUUGAGCUCGAAUCUCAUGCGGUUCGCUCAAUUUUUAAUGGGGCUGAAGGUGAUCAAAGUCGGCCAUGGCCGGCUGUUUACACAGUCGGACCGUUGAUUGACACCAAGGUUGAGCAUCAAGUUCGAUCUGAUCGUGACAAGAUCAUGAAAUGGCUUGAUGAUCAGCCUCCAAAAUCAGUUGUGUUCCUUUGCUUUGGGAGCUUUGGAAGCUUCGAUGAAGCCCAACUGAAAGAAAUGGCUAUUGCACUCGAGAAUAGUGGCCACAGGUUCUUGUGGUCCGUACGUCAAAAACCACCCAAGGGAAAGACUGAAAUGCCAGGUGAGUAUACAAAUUAUGAAGAUUUUUUGCCCCAGGGAUUCUUGGAGAGGACAAAAGGGGUUGGAAUGUUAUGUGGAUGGGCGCCACAAGUGGAGGUUUUAGGUCACAAAGCAAUCGGGGGAUUUGUGUCACAUUGUGGGUGGAACUCUAUAUUGGAGAGUUUGUGGUAUGGUGUGCCUAUUCUGACUUGGCCAUUGUAUGCAGAGCAACAAAUCAAUGCUUUUCUGAUGGUGAGGGAUUUGGGGUUGGCAGUGGAGCUGACAUUAGAUUACGUAUACGGUAGUGGUGAUAUUGUGUCUGCUGAUGAGAUUGAGAGAGGUGUGACCCGUGUGAUGGUUGGUGGUAGUGAGAUUAGGAAGAGGGUUGAGGAAAUGAGUGGAAUGUGUAGGAGGGCUGUUGAUGUUGGUGGUUCUUCAUCUUCUUCGCUUGGAAGCUUGAUCAAGGUUCUGUCACAAAGCCUUGAGCACAACUGAGCUUUGGAUGAGUUAUUGUGCUGGUAGUUCUGGUGAGUUCAUGUGUUUGUGGAAGGAUAUAUGGCUCUAUGACGUUUUCCCUCCUCGGGUUGCUCUGCUUAUGGACCACGAGAAUGUUGACGUUUUGUGCCCGCUAUCCAGCCC